AGGACGCUCCCACAGUGAACCAUAUUUUUGCAAUUACUUUCAAUUCCAACUACAGUGGUAAUAUCUCUACAAUUUUAAAUACGAUAACCUGUCAGAAUGGGGUAUCCAGAAUAUGAAAGCAUCCACAAUUCCACAUUUGAUGAAAAUCUACUUAAUCCAGAAACGAAACACCUCUGGCAAUAUAGCAGUGGCAGUACUUCACUGAGUUCCAUCGAAACUUCUUACAAACCCACAGAUAUCAAAGAAAUUGUAGACUCUUUAGUAAUGGCAAAAUAUGGUUCCCGGUAUCACAGAAAUUGUUUCAAAUCGGCUGCUCGUAGAUCACGAUCGCAACUAAGUACCUUCUCCACAAAUAGUAACUCAGAAAGUACUUUCAAAAUUGCUGACAUAACGUCAGACUACAGCGUCAAUACAUCCGAUAUAUCAGAUUUAAUUUCAUGUGAACGUCAAAGCACAACCAGUGGGGUGGAAACUGGUGGCAAUGUUGUAAGCUUUUCGGACACAUGGACAAUUGACAGUACUUUAACAGACCAGAUUAAUUCAUCCUCCUGUGAAAAAGAAGAAGAAACAAAUGGUGACCAAAGUGCAGACUUUAUGUUAGAGCUAGUUACCAGAAAAAGAAUGAUUUUAUUACGCACUAGAGAGCAGAUCGUAAAAGCGAUCUAUCAUCAGGAGAAUCAAAACAGGUUAACUUUCUACAAAGAGAGACUCGAAGCCGAAAAAUUACUUCUUCUAACCAAUUUAAGACUGGAACACAUCUCUUGUGAAGCUGCAGAACAUACAUAUCUGCGAAGUGUAAACUGGUUUUAUUCAGGAAAUAUAGAAAUUUCCAAUGUCCACAUAUUUCCUAACUAUUACAACAAUGAACAUUUUCUCUUCUUAGUCAUUUCUGGCUCAAAGGUGUUUGCAACUGAGGGAGGAAAAAUGAAAUCAAACGGAGGAAUCUAUUUCAGCAAAAAAAUCACCAUCCCUUAUUUACAAUCUGAUUUUAAAUUGCAUCUGCUAGUAUACUCGGUUACUUCUAAGGCGUUGUUAAAAAAAUCUAGCACAUCACGAACUUUUCGUAAUUACGACAGAGAUAUCUCUUCUCGAAAGUCCAGUUUUUCUCUAUGGGGACAUAUUCGUCUCAAGGCUUGCCAGCUCUCAAAAUCUGGCUACCUAAAAAUGUACGCGGAUUCUGGGAUGUUUACAGUCUGUAUUUCGGCUCAUGCUAAUGUUGAUAAGAAUUUAUCGGGAUUUCUAAAUGUGAGAAAAAUUUCAAAAGGAUGUCCUUCGUGGGAUAGACAGUUUUGUUCUUUAAAUGCUGGAAUUUUGAAUUAUUAUAACUACCCGCCAAGUGAUCCACUUGAGAGCACACCAGCACGCACUAUAAACUUAAAAACAUAUUUACCCUUAUAUGUACGUGGUCCUGAACAUUAUUAUUUCAAAGAGUGUCGUGUUCGUUGAGAAAAGUAUUAAGUACUAUCCACAGUUCUAUUGGAAACUCUCCCAGAAAUCAAGGAAAAUGUGGAAACCCCAGUAAAGCCAAAAUAUGGUUCUCGAUAUCACAAAAAUCGUUCAAGUUCGUCUUCCCGAGGACCA